AUGUUGUCAAACCUGAUAAGCAGAGCUGUCUUGUUGGUUGGGAACCACCUGAAGAAGGCUGGAUACAACUCCAAUCGGACGGUUCUGUCCUCUCUCCCAGUGGUAAAGUUGCUGCGGGGGGGGGGGGGGGGGGGAUUGCUUAGGAACCACACAGGGAAGUGCCUUGGGGCUUACGUUUGUAACCUCGGUCACUGCUCCAUCACAGCUGCAGAGCUAAGGGGAGCCUUGGAGGGACUCAAGAUAGCUUGGAGAGAAGGCUACCGCAAAAUUCAACUCAGCAUGAACUCCACCACAGCGAUCAAAAUCAUCGACAAAAGAUUUGAAGAUGAUGUAAUGGGAGUUUCCCAUGAAUGUGUACGACAAGGAUCUUGUAUAUUGGAUCCGCCAUGA